AUGACUCCAAUUGAGAUGGAUACUACUCAAAAUGAUAUGCAAGUUACUCCUACUGAUGUUGAAUCCAGUACUGCAGGAGAUUUUAUUCAUUAUAUGCAAUUUACUCCACCUAGAUGUUAUGAAGGUGAUGAGGGUGUUGUGGGUGAGGAAGCUGAUAUGGUUGAGGAAGUUGUUGUGGUUGAGGAAGCUGUUCAAGAUGAGGAGGCUGAGGAGGUUGAUCAUGUUAUCCAAGUUGAUAAUGUUAAUGUUCAGGAGGUUGAUGAGGUUGAUCCUAUUAUCCAAGUUGAUAAUGUUAAUGUUCAGGAGGUUGCUCCUGUUAUCCAGGUUCAGCAGGUAAGUGUUAGGCCAAUUUCAGAGAUUUUGAAGAGGAUAAGGAGAAGAAAUUCAGAAGCUGAAAUUAGGCAAAACAAUUGGUGGUGUUGA